AUGGACCCAGCAAAGCGCCAGAGAGCAGACACCUCCCGCCUCCAACUCCCCAAAAUUUUGGGCUUCCCUCCCAACUCCUUCCCAUAUAAGGCCGUCACCUCCGAUUCCCAAAUCCAUCCCAAGCAUCAACAUCCGCGGCACUCCCUUCUUCCCUCAAAUCCAGCGACGAUGUCCGGGCGCGGCAAGGGCGGCAAGGGGCUGGGCAAGGGCGGCGCCAAGCGCCACCGGAAGGUCCUCCGCGACAACAUCCAGGGCAUCACCAAGCCGGCGAUCCGGAGGCUGGCGAGGAGGGGCGGCGUGAAGCGCAUCUCCGGCCUCAUCUACGAGGAGACCCGCGGCGUCCUCAAGAUCUUCCUCGAGAACGUCAUCCGCGACGCCGUCACCUACACCGAGCACGCCCGCCGCAAGACCGUCACUGCCAUGGACGUCGCCUACGCGCUCAAGCGCCAGGGCCGCACCCUCUACGGCUUCGGAGGCUAGACGCGUGGUGUGCUGUGCUGGUGGCGGCGGCCGUGUUUUUCUGUGUUAUAUGUGCCGUCGUGGAUGGGAUGUACUUCUCUGUCGUGCGUUUGUGCUCACCAGUCUGCAAUACCAUUAUCCGUUCAAUGAAAAUACUCCGAUCCUGAGUUC